AUGUUGCAUAAGGUUGUUGAAAUUGAUAAAUUUGAAGGGUAUCAGGUAAGUAGAGAUAUGUAUGUUAGAUUACCGCCAUUCGCUAAUGACACAAUGAUAUUGGGGAAUGGGAGGUGGAACAAUCUAUGGAGUAUUAAGGCUAUACUCGAGGAUUUUGAACUAGUAUUAGGAUUCAAAGUUAACUUUUACAAAAGCGAGAUUUAUGGUGUUAAUGUAGACGAGGCUUUUAUGAAAUGUGCAUCACAAUUUUUAUGUUGCUGCAAAGAUGACAUUCCUUUCAAGUUUCUAGGUAUACCACUGGGAGCAAAUCCUAUAAGACGUGUCACUUGUAACCUAGUGUUGGAAAGUCUAAAGAAGAAGCUACCAACAUGGAAAGCUCAAAUGUUGUCAUUUGGGGGAAGGGUGAUAUUGCUGAACUCAAGGCUUUCUAGUAUCCUGGUGGUUAGGGGAUUCUCCCCUCAAAAUUGUUUUCCUAUUCUGUAUAGAAGGUCAAAGAAGUCAUCAGGGAAGAUUAAUGAGAUGGGAAAUGUGCAGGUCGAAGAAUGGAUAUGGAAUUUGCAUAUUGCGUAA